AUGCUAAGCAAAAUAUUAGUCUUUAUUAAUAGUUGCUCGUCAGUAGCUAUUUAUGAUGUCGAUUAAGAGAGUUUCUUAUAUUCACCAAGAAAACUGGAAAAUGGAAUUUAAAACUAAUAGCUAUUAAAGGAGGUAUAAACUAACCCAGUUACUACUAGAACUGAAAGAAGAAAGACUCUUUGA